CUUGCAAGUUGGGUAGCCACGUAACUACAGUCAACAUCCUCCUGCUCCUGCCCUCUUUGCUCUCGCUUUAGAUCAAGUCUUGGCAUCCUCAACCUUACACCGGCCCUGGUGUCUCAGUCUCGCUCGUAUCCUGUGAACCUCACAAGUCAUCCUCACAAACUCACACUUCUACUUCCACUCCACGUCCUCGUCCUCGUCCUCAUCCUCAUCCUUACUUUCAUCAUGACAAAGUAGGUUUCAAACGUGUUUUAUCCAACCCUUCCUCUGUGCAAUCUCAACGCAUUGGGCCGGAUUCAGCAGGGCCAGGCUGCCCACCUAGCCAUACUCCUAACAACAUACUUCUACAACCUCCCACCAUCCCGGUUCAACAACCGGGACCGUACCCAAGAUAAGGCUUCGCGAGGUAGCUGCUUCCCUGCUCCAACUUCUACCGCUCGAUUUGGAUACCACCGUUGCUCCCAAUAACCCAUUUCGUCUCAAUCCGGCCUUCAGUCUCGUUCCUGUUGGGCAGUUCAAACGGUUUCAUCCGAAUUGCUAGUCAGCCGCAACCCUGGUCAGAAAUAUCACACCCACUGCCUUCCAAAACACUACAUACCUUCCCUGAAUCGACUUCACAAUUCUUCAUCACCUUCUACGACAGAACCACCAUCAACUUUUUAUGAAACGUUGUCAUAACCUGUCAUUUUCCAUCCUCCGGAAUUUGUCGUGUCAAACCUUUUGAAACACGCUUACAUCCGUCGACGCUAGUCAUCUCCAAGCUCAAAGAGUUCCCCCAUUACAAGAUUUCUAGCUUCAUACCCUGGCUGAGUCAUACUCGGGUUUUCUUCGCCCGCCUCGGCCUUGACAAUGCCUGCUCCUGUCUCCGAACCCUCCAAGAAGGAUUCCCGACUUCUUCUGGUCUCCAAUAGGCUCCCCAUCACCAUCAAGCGCUCCAACGAUGGCAAAUAUGACUUUCAAAUGUCAUCUGGCGGUCUUGUCACCGGUCUGAGCGGACUGGCCAAAUCAACCCAGUUUCAGUGGUAUGGCUGGCCUGGACUCGAGGUCCCCAAGAAUGAAGUUACCGAUCUCACUACGCGCCUGAAGGACGAGUUCAAUGCCGUUCCUGUCUUCAUGGACGAUGAACUCGCCGAUCGACAUUAUAAUGGCUUUUCAAACUCCAUCAUGUGGCCGCUCUUUCACUACCAUCCAGGCGAAAUCACCUUCGACGAGUCUGCUUGGAGCGCCUACGAGGAGGCAAAUCGCCUUUUUGCUCGUACCGUCGCCGCAGACGUUCAAGAUGGUGAUUUGGUUUGGGUUCAUGAUUAUCACCUCAUGCUUCUCCCGCAGAUGCUCCGUCAGGAGAUUGGCACCUCCAAAUCCAACGUCAAGAUCGGCUUCUUCUUACAUACCCCUUUCCCAUCCAGCGAGAUCUACCGAAUCCUUCCAGUCAGAAAUGAGAUCCUCCUGGGCGUUCUCCACUGCGAUCUGAUCGGCUUUCAUACCUAUGAUUACGCCCGACAUUUCCUGAGUAGUUGUUCCCGAAUCCUCGACCUUACAACCACUCCCAAUGGCGUCGAGUUUGGGAACAAGAUCGUCACCGUCGGUGCUUUCCCUAUCGGCAUCGAUCCCGAAAAGUUCACCGAGGGCCUCAAGCAGGAAAAGGUCCAGAAACGAAUCGCCGUGCUCGAGGAGAAGUUCAAAGGUGUCAAGCUCAUGGUCGGCGUCGAUCGACUUGACUAUAUCAAAGGCGUCCCCCAGAAAUUACACGCCCUCGAAGUAUUCCUCACUGACCACCCCGAAUGGAUUGGCAAAGUCGUCCUUGUGCAAGUCGCCGUCCCAAGCAGACAAGAUGUGGAGGAGUAUCAGAACUUACGAGCCGUCGUCAACGAACUGGUCGGGCGUAUCAAUGGAAAAUUUGGAACCGUAGAAUUCAUGCCGAUUCAUUUCAUGCACAAAUCAGUCAACUUCGAAGAACUCAUCGCCCUGUACGCCGUCUCCGACGUCUGUCUUGUGUCAUCAACUCGUGACGGCAUGAACCUUGUUUCCUUUGAGUACAUUGCCACUCAGGAGGAGCGCAAUGGCGUUCUGAUCCUUUCUGAAUUUGCUGGAGCAUCUCAAAGUCUCAACGGCAGCAUUGCUGUCAAUCCAUGGAACACGGAGGAGCUCGCGAGUGCCAUUCAAGCAGCCGUCACCAUGAGCCCAGAACUCCGCGCUAUCAAUUUUGCAAAACUUCACAAAUACGUUUCCAAAUACACUAGUGCUUUCUGGGGCCAAUCCUUUGUGGCUGAAUUGACUCGGAUAUCUGCACAGGGAGAACGAAAACUCAAGCUUCGCCGCGCCUCCUUGAUCAAAAAGCCCGCGCAGCCUACUAUUCCCGAGGCCAUUACUGAACAGGAGACUGACAACAAAUCGUCAGAGCUUGUUGAGGAGAGACGCACAGAUGGCGAGAAUCCUAACUCAGAGAAUCGAUCUCAGACAAUUUGAAACGAAAAUGGAGACGGCAAGCCCUCUGCCUCGAUCACACAUGGUCCUCCUUUCUGCUGAGAUUCCGAAUGGCGCAUGCUCAUCAUCUGAUCUGGUUGUUGGUCAGAUGUAUAGAGUGAGAGGUCUGGCGAAAGGUCCAUGUCCAACAACGCAGGAAUUGAAGGCUUAUGAGGUGUGACAUGUUCUUGGGGGGUUUGAUACACAGUCUCCUGGUUGAUGAACUUACUAGACUUGAAUACUACAAGCGAUUUCAUUGAAUGCGUGGCGAUUCAUCGAUCCCCGUGACUAGGUAGUUUUGGGCUGUUGCUCAGAUCACGAACCGACCAAUUUUGGUCUUUUAUUCAUCGGUGUCUAAAU